CCACCAGCAGCAGCAGCAGCAGCUUCCCUCAUCAAUAUGCGCGUCAGCUCCUCAAUUUAAGAGCCUCUUGCACAUUUAGACAAGGGCAAAUAAAGAAUAUAGAUAUAAACCAACAUUUCCGCAGGGGGAGGCGAUGUCAGGUCCAUUCCACAUCUGACUCCGUCCGCAGCAGACUUUUUCUGCGCCUCAGUCGACUUUCUCCUGGUGUAUUUUAUGUUAUUUAUUUUAUUUUUAUUGGCGAGGGGCGAGCAAUCCAUGGAUUUGCGCACGAAAAGACUGUUGAUUGCGGCGUGGGAGGUGUGUCUGUAAACAACAGGGGAUAAAGAACCUUACUAAUUAUAGCAGGUAACAAUCAAAUCAAAUUAGAGGGGAAGAGGAAGAUGUUUGCGCUGCAGAGGGUCCGUCAAUUCCGCGUCUUAUCCGCGCUGCUGGUUGGGGCGAUUGUGUGUUGCGCAAAAAGCGUCAACGAACCUGGCAACAUGUCCAUCGUGAAGGAGACGGUGGAUAAACUACUAAAAGGGUACGACAUCCGACUGAGACCGGACUUUGGAGGGCCCCCAGUAGCAGUCGGCAUGAGCAUAGACGUGGCCAGCAUAGACAUGGUGUCAGAAGUCAACAUGGACUACACGCUGACCAUGUAUUUCCAGCAGUACUGGAGGGACAAGCGUCUAGCCUACAUAGGAAUCCCUCUGAACUUGACUCUGGACAACAGGGUGGCAGAUCAGCUAUGGGUCCCUGAUACUUACUUUCUCAAUGACAAGAAGUCUUUUGUUCAUGGAGUAACAGUCAAAAAUCGCAUGAUUCGCCUGCAUCCAGAUGGGACUGUCCUGUACGGACUCAGGAUAACAACAACAGCUGCUUGCAUGAUGGACCUCAGGAGGUAUCCCCUGGAUGAGCAGAACUGCACUCUGGAGAUAGAGAGCUAUGGCUAUACCACAGAUGACAUCGAGUUCUACUGGAAAGGAGGCGAGUCGGCUGUAACAGGGGUGACACGAAUCGAGCUGCCACAGUUCUCCAUUGUCGACUACAAACUGGUUUCCAGAAAUGUUGUCUUUUCCACAGGUGCCUAUCCUCGACUGUCUCUGAGCUUUAAGCUGAAGAGGAACAUCGGCUACUUCAUUUUGCAGACAUACAUGCCAUCAAUCCUGAUCACCAUCCUAUCCUGGGUAUCCUUCUGGAUAAACUAUGAUGCAUCUGCAGCCAGGGUGGCUCUUGGAAUCACUACGGUGCUGACCAUGACCACCAUCAACACCCACCUGAGGGAGACGUUACCCAAGAUUCCUUAUGUUAAGGCCAUCGACAUGUACCUGAUGGGCUGCUUUGUCAUGGUCUUCCUCGCCCUCCUUGAGUAUGCCUUUGUCAACUAUAUAUUCUUCGGGAGAGGACCUCAGAUGCAGAAGAAGUUGGCGGAGAAAGCAGAGAAGGCUAACAACGAGAGAGCGGCCAAGUACGAUGCAGCACGGGAGGCAGGUAGUAGGACCGCAUCCCUAAAACGGUCCAAUCAGAUUAAAGGUCUUCGCCACUCACGCUCGGCGGAACCGCAUGGCCACGGAAACAUCCUGCUGACCACGUUAGAGAUCCACAACGAAGUGGCAGGAGGUGAGAUCACUACCAGUGUGGCAGACAUUAGGAACUCUCAGUCCAUGGUGCAGUUGGACAGCACGGCUUCCUCGCACAUCCAGUACCGCAAGCAGAGCGGCGGGGUUGGGCCACGCUCUGCCAGCCGCCACUCCCUGGACCGCUCUGCCCAGAUCAAACGGAGCCGCUUACGGAGGCGAUCCUCUCAGCUCAAAAUCAAAAUCCCCGACCUGACGGACGUGAAUGCCAUUGAUCGCUGGUCUCGUAUUAUCUUCCCGUCCGUUUUCUCACUAUUCAACCUGAUCUAUUGGCUCUACUAUGUCUGAUCCAAACUGUUUUUGGUGUUCAUUAUUGUUUGAUUUUGACUUUCAUUUCAUUUGUUCAUUCUCCUUUUUUUCUGUUGCUUUUGUACCUGAUGGAACCUGUCGAGUCAAAGACUGCAACAGAGCAAGAUUAAAGAGAAAACACUGACUUAAAGACUAUUAUGUUUUGGACCAAGUUCUCAUUGAAAUUGUUUUUUAUAUAUACAUACAUAUAUAUAUAUAUAUAUUUGCAGUCUUUGAAUCCUGAGCACUGAGGUCUUUUUACUUUUUAUUUUAAGUAUGUACUGUAAUUUGGACUUGUAACUGUUUUUCCCCAACAUAUGCCCUUAUUGAUAAUGUGUAUAUAGUAAAAAAAAAAAAAAAAAAGAAAGCCAGCAAAUUAAAAAACAUAUAUUUGAAAAAUAUAUUUAAAAAAAUAUGCGAAAGCAGUUAAAGUCAAGAUUUUUUUUUUUAUUGAAAGUUGAUCGGGUGCAGGCAAUAUCUAAAAUUAACCAAUUAAAAGUGGUAUGCUAUGCAUUUUUAAAGUAGGCACAGUGUAGAAACAGAAUAACAUAUGCAUUUAUAGUGUUUAUAAUACUCUUGAUACUAUUUGCAAUUUCCUGUGCAUUGAUCUGGUAAGCAAAAUGUUUUCAAUCUGUUCUUUAAGAUGAUUUUUGUCUCAGGUUUUGAAUUUUUAUUAAGUUUGUUGGGGACAAACACAAAGAAAAUAAGCACAAUUUAUGAAUAAAACUGCCGUCUUUUCAGAUUAAAAGCAGAACUUCAUGUGAUUGCAUGACAAAUUUGCACUCAGAUUUUCAAAACUUGCUUAUAAAACUUUUUCUUUUAUUUUACUUUCUAUUCAGAACAACUGCCAAUGGCCCUUUGGGGCAAAACUAGUUACUAUUUAACCCAUAAAGUAUUAUGAUAUUUUUGUACUCCUUGUCUUCAGGUAUUUAUUUUAUUUCCUAACCUACUUUGUUUUAUUCAAGACCAGUUCGUUUAUUGUGAUAGUAUGGUGGAUUUACAUUUUUUUUUUUGUACAUAGGUGUGUAUAUAUGUCUAUACAUACACUAUGUGUUUAACCCAAAAAAAAAAAAAAAAAAGAAAACAAAUUUUGUGAUUGUCACUGACUCCCAGUCAGUUUAUUUCAUGGGAAAAGAUAGGGGUUAUUGUAACAAGUCAGUUCAAGCAUCUUAUCCAUUUUGGAGCAUGUCUUAGCUCUCUGAAUUCCUUACUUACAGCUACCCUCACAAUGAUUCAAAACCCGUAAAGAUGUGUAAAAAGGAAUAAAAUAAAUGUAUCUUUUGUUGCAGCAGCAACAUUUAACAGUGAUGAAUUCUUAAAAAAUCUAACCUAAAAGUUUCUUUUUUUUUUGUUAAGUCUGGAUAGGAUCCAUGUUAUGAAUUAAUACUUUUUUAUUUUUUAUUUAUUUGAUACACUUCUUCAUAAAUUCAAAUUUUUCCAUCUUUAAAGACUUUAUGAUUCAAUUAACUCUAAUGAUGG